CGUCUGGACCUCCAGGAACUGAACGCCCGGUUCGACACAACCGUACGGAAAAUGGAGUCAAUAUUGGCCUCGCGGGUGGAGGACAUGGGUCCGGGAAACGGCUCAGUCGUGAAUCGAGCGAUCCGAUGGUAUAACCAGGAAAUGGCCAAAGAGUACUGCGACCGGUCGUACAUACGGCCCGACAGGUUGCGCGCCAUUCAUGACAAAUUGGUGGCCACAGCUGUGGAGCUAUUUCAAAAUGACCAUGCUCACAAAACGCUCCAUGAGUUUAAACAACUAAUGGCAGAUAAACUAAAGCCAGCCUACGAUCAGAUGGUCGACGAGAACAACAAGAACGCGCCGACAGUGCCGGCCAUUGGCAUCGAUUUGGGCACAACCAAUAGCUGUGUGGCCUAUUAUAUGCCCGGCCGGUCCGCCAAUACGGGUCGUAUCAAAGUUUGUCGUAAUAUAAACACCACUCGUAAUAGCGAUGUCACCCCGAGUUGUGUCGAGUAUAGAGACAACGCGGAGGUAGUGGUGGGCGAAGAGGCGAAAGACAACCUGUUGGCCAAUCGUCAGAACCUUAUCUAUUCGGCCAAACGUAUGAUUGGCCGCAAGUUUAACGACCCGGACGUUACCAGAUAUAGCCAGUACUGGCCCUUUGAUGUCGUCGAUAUGAACGGCGCGGCCGGCUUUGAGGUGGAAGUGGACGGACAGUCGCGGCAACUGUUGCCCGAAGAGGUGUCGGCGGAUGUGUUGCGGAAGAUGAAAGAAGUGGCCGAGCGUGACCUAGGUCAUUCGGUAAUCGAUGCUGUCAUCAGUGUUCCCGCGUACUUCACUGACGCUCAGCGCGAGGCGACCAAAGCGGCCGGUAUUAUGGCCGGCCUUAACAUAUUGACCAUCAUCAAUGAGCCCACCGCUGCCGCUCUGGCCUAUAGACUGGACAAAUUUGACGACACGAGUUGUAGAAACGUGUUGGUUUACGAUUUGGGUGGCGCCACAUUCGACGUGUCCGUAUUGAAGCUGUCGAUGGGUUCGGUGGAUGUGCUGGCAGUGGGCGGAGACCACGAUUUAGGCGACGAUGAUAUCGACCAGAAUAUUAUCGAUUACUGUUUGCGCGAGUUUUACGCCCAGACGGGCGUUGAGGUCGACCGGCGGUCGGUUGAGGGCGAACGGGCGAUGAGAGUCCUGCGGGACCGAUGCGAGCGUCAGAUGUGUUAUUUGUCCGAAAGCACGUCCGCCACUAUUAUGGUAGACAACAUCGCCGACGGCCGAGAUCUGGUGGUGGACUUGACUCGAGCCAAGUUUGACGAGUUAAAUAAAGACCUGUUUGACCGCACUAUGGAGUGCGUGACCCGUACUCUGGCCGGUGUUAACGGCGGCGCCGGUAUGUCGGCCGAUGAAGUGGACGACAUAGUACUGGUCGGCGGCUCGAAAUAUAUGCCGUACGUUAAGGACAUGAUUACGCGGUAUUUCAAUGGCCGCCAACCGUUACAGUCGGUGAACCCGAUGCUGGCCGUGGCUGAGGGCGCGGCACUGCAGGCGGCGAUUCUGAACGGCUCUCUCACCUAUCGGCUCGGACUCCUCCGAGUACUUGACGUGACGCCACACACAUUGAGCGUGAAAUCUAUUGACGGUGUGAUGAGUCCUAUUAUAUCGGCCCAGUCCCGGGUGGACGGCAUUCCCCGAACUAAAGUCUAUCCAACGGUACGCGACAAUCAAACCGAGUUUGAGGUGGAGGUGUAUGAGGGCGAGGACCCGGUGGCCACCAAUAACACACUAUUGGCUCAAUUUGUGGUGACGGGUAUACCCCCAGACCGGGCGGGCAAAGAACACGUGUCGGUCAUGUUUUGCGUCAACGACGAGGGCAUACUUAAGGUGAGGGCUGUUGUCUUAUCUCAACGCGCGGUUCACGAGUACGAAGUGACCGAAUAUAAGGGCCGUUUAUCCAUGGAUGAGCUGCUCCGCCGUCGCCGCCACUGA